AUUAUCCUGUGUAUCUUUUCAGGGCGAUAUUUUCCAAGACGGGCAAAGCGUAUGCUUAUAGUUGAAGCCAAGUUUGAUGGUGAACAGCUGGCUACCGAUCCUGUAGAGCACACUGACCAGCCUGAAUUUGCCACUGAGUUGGCUUGGGAACUUGAUAGGAAAGCACUUCAUCAGCACAGGCUGCAGCGUACACCUAUCAAACUCCAGUGUUUUGCACUGGAUCCUAUAACUUCGUCUAGAGAGAACAUUGGCUAUAUUAUACUUGAUUUAAGAGCUGCCCAGGAAAGGAAGCAGACACCAAAAUGGUAUCCUUUACUUAGUAACAAAUACACUAAAUUUAAAUCUGAGAUACAAGUAGGUGUUGUGUUGGAAACUGAUACAAAAGCAGUUGUGGAUGGUUUUAAAGCAAAGGAGGCACCUCCUAGAGAAGGGAAAGUAUCUAGUCUUGUUUCUGGACUGGACCCUAAAAGUAUUGUAGCAGUCCUGAAUGAGGAAGAGGGCUAUCAUCAAAUUGGACCAGCAGACUAUUGUAAAGACUACUUUGUUUUAUCUGUAACUAUCGCAUUUGCCACACAACUAGAACAGUUAGUUCCUAGUGCAAUGAAGAUUCCUGAACGACAACCUGAGUUUUUCUUCUACUACUCUUUGCUGGGAAAUGAUGUCACAAAUGAACCUUUCACUGAUUUAAUUAAUCCAAACUUUGAGCCAGAAAGAGCUUCAGUCCGAAUACGUAGCACAACUGAUGUCCUCCAGGUUUAUUUUUGCGCACAGUCAAAAUUGCAGAUCCAUCUUUGCUGUGGGGACCAAUCUCUUGGAAGCACUGAAAUACCAUUGUCUGGACUGCUGAAGAAAGGAAAUGCAGAGAUCAGUCAGCACCCUGUAGCAGUAGAAGGAGCAUUCAUCCUCGUGCCACCAAAUAGAGCUAAACAAAACCUGCCACAGUUGCCUUUGGAUAUGGCUCCUACUGUUGGAGUGUCUAUAGUUCUGCAGAAGGAAAGCCUAUGUGCCCAGGCUUUUGUCCCCUUAAAUGCUCCAACUGAGCCUGAACACCCACAGAAGAAAGUUCUUUCGCCUACUAGAAGAAAAACAGAAGGCUUGGAGCAGAGAUACCAGAAUGUCCCAUCUCAUGUUGAGCAGUCUUCUCCCACAGAAGAUGAAGCAACAGAAAGUGAAAUGGAAAGUCUUAAGUUUGACAAAGUUAGGAAACCAAAUAAAAAUGGGCUGGUGGCAGAGUCAUGCAAAGAAGUUGACAAACAGUACAUUGAAGAGCUACCACUUUGCAAAUCCCAAAGCAGAGCAAAGUCACCUUUAUUGGCAGAGCUGCAGAAUUCCAACGAGAAUGCUCCGGUACCUGUAUCUCAGUCCAAUCCCGUGGGUGCAUCAAGUUCUUCAGAGCCUGUCUCAGCACAGAGAAUUGUCAUUCCGGCAGCCUCUCACCAUUUUUGCUUUUCAAUAGAUUUACGAAGUAUACGUGGUCUGGAAGUUGGGUUUCCAAUAAAUUGCAUUUUAAGGUACUCGUAUCCCUUUUUUGGCAGUGCAGCACCUAUUAUGACAAACCCACCUGUAGAAAUCAGAAAGAAUAUGGAAGUUUUUCUCCCCCAAUCCUACUGUGCAUUUGACUUUGCAACAACACCUCAUCAGCUUCAAGACACAUUCUUCAGGCUACCGCUGCUUGUUGAAUUGUGGCAUAAGGAUAAAAUAGCCAAAGACUUGCUUCUAGGGGUUGCAAGACUUCAGCUUUCAAAUGUUUUGGCUCCAGAAAAAACUCGAUUCUUGGGUGCUAAUGGUGAACAAUGCUGGCGCCAGACCUACAAUGAAACAAUCAGUGUCACAGCAGCGCAAGGGUCAAGUAACAGAAUAGCGGAGCUUUCUUAUGCCAUCACUUUGGAAGACUAUGGGCUUGUGAAAGUGCACGAAGUUCUGGUGUCAGAUUCUUCUCAAUGUAUAGGUGCUGGUCAACAGCAGCAUGUCCCUCAGCCUCAAGCUCCAGAAAUCCAGCCAGAACCUCGAGAAACUUUGGAAUACAAAGCAGCACUGGAGUUAGAAAUGUGGAAGGAAAUGCAAGAAGAUAUUUUUGAAAAUCAGCUUAAAAAGAAGGAAAUGGCCCAUAUGCAAGCACUUGCAGAAGAAUGGAAGAAAAGAGAUAAAGAAAGAGAAGCAUUAGUGAAGAAAAAGGUAGCAGAAUAUAAUGUCUUGGAGGAACAACUUCAGAAAACCUUGAGAGAUCUAGAUAAGCGAGAGCGACAACUGUUUAAUGCAGAAUCAGAGCUUGAAAGAAUUAAGAAGGAGUUACAAGCAGAGUAUGAACGAAAUAUGCAGGAGUUACAGGAUUCUGUCCGGCGAGCUAAAGAAGAGUGUGUGCAUCAGGUUGAGCUAGAAAGGUCAAAAAUCAAACAGCUGGAAGAAGACAAGCUUCGACUACAGCAGCAAUUUUAUGAAGCAGAAAAUAAGUAUAAAAUUUUGGAGAAGGAGUUCCAACAGUACAAAGAACAACAAAGUUCCAAACCAGAAAUCCGUCUACAGUCAGAAAUAAAUCUUCUCACCUUAGAAAAGGUUGAACUUGAAAGAAAGUUGGAGUCAGCUACCAAGUCAAAGCUGCACUACAAACAGCAAUGGGCGAGGGCUUUGAAAGAACUUGCGAGGUUAAAACAGCGUGAACAAGAAAAUGCAAUGGCUCGCCUUAAAAAGCAGCAGCAAGAGCUGGAGCACAUGAGGCUGCGCUACUUGGCAGCAGAAGAGAAGGAGCUGGGGAAAACAGACCGACAAGAGCUGGAGGACAUCAAAAAUGAGCUUAACAGGUUAAAGCAACAAGAAGAAGAAAGAAAGCAGCUGCAAGAUGGUAGAGAGAGUUCUGCGGGGAGAGAGGACAGUCUUCAUUCUAGAAAAUUAAAUGAGAACAUGGAUGAUUAUCUCUCUCGUCUAAUAAAGGAGAGGGAUACUCUGUUGCGAACAGGAGUAUAUAACCAUGAAGACCAUAUUGUUAGUGAACUUGAUCGGCAAAUCAGAGAGGCAAUUGAAAAAAGGAACAGCACUAAAUGAAAACAUAUAGGUAACUAUAGAAAGUCAGAGCCUAAGUUGGGAUAGAGUAAUUUUGUAAACCUGUA